AUGAAGGGGAAGAAGACGUUGUUUGACUACUUCGAAGUUUCAAAGGGAAAGAAGAAGAGUUCAGAUGAAUUGCCACAGAAGGAGUUUGAUGUGGAAAAUGGUAGGAAUAGUUCUAGGGAUAUGGAUGGUCAGGACGGUAAAAGGAUGUGUAAAGAUUUGGGUCCUGAGAGUAACAAUGAAGGAGAGUGGGCAAGCACGAAUGAUACGGAAGUAUUGCAAGGAAGGUAUGAUAAGGCAAUAGGCGGAGAAGAAGGGGAUGAAAAGAAAAGAGAAGAUAAAGAGAGGAGGUAUAGGUUUAUGGAGGAUAUUAGAGACAAGAAUGGAAGGAAGAAGGGGGAUGAAGGAUACGAUCCUUCGACUCUUUUGAUACCGGAGAAUGAGUAUAACAGGCUUACACCCUUUGAAAAGCAGUUUUGGGAUAUAAAGAAAGAGCAUUUUGACACCAUUGUGUUCUUUAAGAAAGGGAAAUUCUAUGAGUUAUAUGAGAAUGAUGCACUUAUUGGGGCAAAGUUAUUUGAUCUAAGGAUAACAGACAGAGUCAACAUGAGGAUGUCUGGGUUUCCGGAAAGUAGCCUCGAUUACUGGACCAGAAGGUUUUUGGAACAUGGAUACAAGAUUGCAAGGGUUGAUCAAAGCGAAAACAUGAUUGGAAAGCAGAUACGGGAAAGAGACGAGAUGAGCAAGAGUAAGGAAAGAGGAAUUGCUAAAAACAAAAUAAUACGGCGGGAGCUCAAGGAGAUUAUUACCCAAGGAACGAUAUACAAUAUGGAUUACAUAAGCUCUUCGGUCCCUAUGUAUCUGAUGAGUGUUGCGACAGAUGACAUUUGCUAUUCGGAAGUCUGCCGUGGAGAGAUCCAUACAUCUGUUUUGUUAUAUGACGCAAGCAUCGGAGAGAUCUAUUUUUCAUCUUUUUGUGACAGCAGAUCCAGGCACGAGAUCAGAACAAUUCUUUCACAGCAUGACGUCAAGGAGAUGAUUGCAGACUUUUGCAUUGAAGGGAUUCCUCGUGUUGUGCCUGACAAAACAGGGUGUGUGUCAAAUAAGAAGUAUGAGUUUUCAAAUGAGAGGGAGUAUGUGUGCUUCCAAUAUCUAAUGAAUUAUAUGGAUAAACUUCAACGGGGGGAUGCCUUAAAGAAUGUAAAGAUUUCAAGGCUUCAGGAUGAGGCACGAGCCAUGAGUAUUGAUGAGACUACGCUUUGGAACAUGGAAGUAUUCAAGAACAACUAUAAUGGAACGGACGAGAAGACCCUUUUCAAGACUGUUGACUUUACUAGCACAGCCGGUGGGCAAAGACUGCUCAGGAGAUGGAUGAUGGCACCUUUGAUAAAGAAGGAUGAUAUUGUUCGGAGGCAAGAAAUGGGACGAAUGUUCAAGGAGAUAGAGACCUCAAGGCUAAGGGAUGUGUUAGUAAGGAUAGGGGAUGGAGAACGACUCUUAUCGAAGCUCUACAAUGGAAACCCUGCUGUGAAGGAUCUAAGCAAGUUUAUCGGGUGUAUUGAUACUUGUAGGGAAGCUUUUAAUAUCUUGGGACACAUGAUGAGGGAAAGAGAUUGUGGUAAUACAAGAGCGAUUGCAGAAAAGGCUGAGGAGUGCUUUCGAAAAAUAGACGAAAUACUUACAUGGCACCGUAGGGUCUAUGACGUGACUGAUACCGAAAUAUCACCUGGAGAACAGAAUGAAGAUGAGCUAUGCCAUCUUAUAAGUGAGAAAGAAAAGAUCGAGGAUGAUUUAAAUGAAUAUCUACAAAGGCAAAGGGAUAGGCUAAGGUCCCCAUCAGUAAAGUUUAAAGACAUAGGAAAAGAGAUAUUCCAAAUAGAGGUGCCUAAGGAAACAAAGGUUCCCCCGGACUACUACAUAAUGUCGUCAACUAAGAACACAAAUAGGUAUUACUCCAGAGAUCUAAAGAAGCUUGUUGAAAGAUACAUAGAAUGCGAGGAAAGGAUAUUUCAGUCCAAGGGGUCAUUGCUUAGAAGAGCCAUAGGUGUACUCCUUCCACAUGUUAUUUUUUUCCGCCAAAUGUUCUGGGAGAUUGCCAACAUAGACUGUUAUCUUUCGUUUGCAAUGUUUUCCCAGCGAAAUAGGGCAUCAACGCCGGUCCUUUCUACAAAGCUAUGUUUCUCUAGGAUGUCAAGUCCAAUACACCCUGACUUUGUGGCAAACGACUAUGACGCACAGAAAAGGAUACUUGUGCUUACUGGCGCCAACAUGGGUGGGAAGUCGACUUUACUGAGGACGAUAUGCUUCAAUGUAAUCCUUAGCCAGAUGGGGAUGGAUGUAUGCUGCGAGAAGAUGGAGACACCUCUCUUUGAUAGGAUCUUCACAAGAAUAGGAGCCCGAGACAAUCUAGCAAAGGGAGAGUCGACUUUCAUGGUUGAGCUGAAAGAGACAGCCACCAUUCUGAAACACUCGACAAGAAACUCGCUUGUGAUUAUGGAUGAGCUCGGGCGUGGGACAUCGACUAAAGACGGAGAGUGCAUUGCCAGAGCGGUUAUUGAGUACCUCAAAAGGAAAGAAUGCCACGUUCUAUUUUCAACGCACUACCAUGGAAUCAUUGAGAAUGUCGAGGGUGUCAGCAAUGGAUACAUGGGCUCCGUGGUCAAAGGGAAAGAUAUUGUGUUUUUGUACAGACUUAUGAGUGGGGUAUCUCGGGAUUCUCAUGGGUUGUAUGUUGCGAGGAUGGCAGGAGUUCCCGAGGAUAUUGUUGAGAGAGCAGAGAAGAUAAGGGAGAGACUACGAAAGGCGUAG